AUGUCCAAGCAUAACACGGGUCUUAUGCCGGGAGAGCUUAAAACACAACCAGCACCGUUUCAAGAUCGGUAUAAAAUUUUACAUAAAUUAUUUGAUCAACUAACAAGAUGUCGCUUAAAAGCAGAUACAUCGAGAUUAAAAAGGAUGGCAAUCGAACUGGAACUUAGAGUAGCAAAAGUUAGCACAUCCCCUCAAAGUUAUAGAUUUCAUAUGAGCAUUUUACUACGAGAUCUUGUUAAGGAAAAAGCCAACUUCAAGAAGAUUAAAAUUGCAGGGAAGCAAAUUAUGUCCAAUACUAAAACUUCUUCUAAUAGUCUCAUUAAUACUAAGACAAGAGAUAAGGAUUAUGUAAUGCAAAAAUUAACAGAUAUGUUGAUUGAUCCAAAGAUAUUGGAGAAGCAUAAAUACAUUAUGUCGCGGAUAAUACCAGAUGAUUAUACCGCUAGUAGUGAUUAUGCCAAUUGUGAAAGAUGUAAUACAAAAUUCAAAAAAAGUAAAAUCAUGCUAGAUACUUUGUGCACAUAUCACCCACAAAAAAAGAUAUAUAAUAAAGAAAGCAAAACUCAUAUGUUCCCGUGCUGCGGUGAAUCAACAACAUCUACCUCGUUCAUGCGAUUAGGAUGUAAAAAAGCAGAACACCAUGUCUUCAAAAAUGAUUCUUAUCCAGAAUUACGUGAAAUAAGUGAUUUUCUGAAGACAUCUGUGAUAGAUGGAAAGGAAAAUGUUUUAGCUCUUGAUUGUGAGAUGGCGUUCACAUCGAAGGGUUUUGAAAUGGUUAGAUUGACAAUAGUUGAUUUUUUUACAUGUAAGGUAUUAUUUGAUGAAAUCGUAGAACCAUUUGGUGAUAUUAUAGAUUUGAAUACACUAUUUAGUGGUAUUCACUCAGAGGAUAUGGAGCAGGCUAUUCCGUAUUUGGACAUCAUGGAUAGGAUUUUGACUACCGAUUUGAUAAAUCGAAAUAGUAUUUUGAUUGGGCAUGGUUUAGAGAACGAUUUAAACGUAAUGAGAAUCAUUCAUGAAAGGAUUAUUGAUACUGCUAUCCUUUUCUCUGUUGGGAAAUAUAAAACUUCGUUGAAGAACUUAACUUUUGAGACACUGAGUGAGAAAAUUCAGACAGGGGAGCAUGACAGUUCACAGGAUGCAAUCGCUACAAUGAAUGUAAUAAAGAAGAAAAUUGGUGUACCGAUAGAGCAGGUAAAAUGGGAUUGA